CGGUUAUUAUUGCAUUCUAGGGAUUUGUCAAAUAAUGAACUUGGAAAUCUACCGCCAUACAUCUUUAAAAACAUUACAGCUGUGAGAUUUCUGUAAGUGAGAUUCUCUUUGAGUUAAGAUUAAUAAAAAAAGCUGUCUCUAAGAAUUACCUUGCAAUAACAGCAAUAAGUGAGUAAAUCGGCUUCCUAGUUUAUAGCAAUUUACAUUUCUUAUUUAUUUUAAGCUGCUAAAUCUUUUUUGUCUUGCAAUUAUAUUUUGCGACAGAGGCUUAUAAUUUGUUGACUUAGAUACUAAAGCAACCUAAAUAAAUUUUUUAAAAUGUGCAAUACCUUACUUACGAUUUUUCAAACUCAGCUUUAAACAACAGACCUGAAGCAGAGGUUUUUGGUAAUAAAAUCUAAAGUUUCUCUAGCCUGAGAGCAUGAAAGUUUCAUGUGGGUCUGACGUUUUCUUUUUUUCUGUGAUAUUCAAAUAUCAAACCCGGGAGCUAAUUGUGCUGCAGUAAAUUCAGAAGAUAAUUAAGACAAAAGUAGAUUUAAAGAUAUUCCUUCAUGUGUGUAUUUCAGUCUAACAUCUGCACCGCGCUUUUUCAGAAAAAUGGAAUACAACAAAAUUGAGAGGCUUCAUGAAGAUCAAUUCCAGGGCUUAGUGAAGUUGUUCGAGUUGUGAGUACAUCUAGAUUUCAAACGUUAAUUUUUCAUUAUGAUCUGUUGCAAUCUAAAGCCUAUUUUAGAACCAGCCCAUUCAUAUGUAUUAAAAAAAAACUCAUUCAGUGAAUAAAAGUUGACAAGAAAAUGUUUACAAAUUAACCAUAUUUAUAUGGAGAGAGAUGAAACCCAAAGAAGCGCAUGAUAAUCAUAUAUUAUCAAGGUUUUUCUUUUUAACGUUUACGCGAUAAACGGCUCAAGUGCACUGAGAUUUUUGUUCAUAUUCGUCCUUCAGAUUAUAGAGCCGCAAUGAUAAAGUUAACUUGAAAGGAAAAGAACUUUUUUGAACAAAGAAAAAAAUGGCUUCAAUUUAGCUGAGUCUAUAAAUAUUGAGUUUAGUUGCAAAGGUUUGGAUUAAAACGGCCAUGCGAUUAAUUUUCUCAGGGAAUUAAUUCGCACAGAUAUUAGUUGGAAUAGAAAAUCAGGAGGCAUAAUAGGGAACGCGUUAGUAAAUAUAGUCAGUAUCCUCUAUUAGUACUAGCGUUAGUAAAUAUAGUUAGUAUCCUCUAUUAGUACUAGCCUCUAUAAUAUAUUGGAUCACAAUCUUUGUCACCAGAUCUAUAUAAUUGUGAUAUAACUAUAUAAUUGUGAUAUAACUUUGAUAUCAGUUUUGCUGUUUAAAUUAGAUGUGCCAUGUCUGGUUAUGCUAUGUUACUUGUGUAUUAAAUUAAAUUCCCCCUUACCUGUUUAAGACAUCUCUCGGAGAACAGAAUCGAGGCUUUGCCUGACAAGAUUUUCGAGAGCGUUAAGAACCUCAAGGGCCUGUGAGUACAGCUGAUAACAUACGAAACAAUUUCUAAUUUUUUUAGAAGAUGAAAAUGUACAUAACAGAAAGAUUCACAUUAUGGAAUUCUUUGAAAAUGUUAACACGAUCUCCAACAGGCGUGGUGUAAAUUGUAAUGCUCAACAACUUAAUUUUAUUACUAUCUAUUUUCUUGACGAAAAAAAGUGUGGCUUGCUAUAAACAUGGUUUUAUUGAGCAAAGGAGGAUAUUAUCAAAAAAGCAAACAUAGUUGAGAACUAUGAUACUUCCGACGGCAACUUCAGGUGUAAUUUUUAGGAAUCAGACAAUGUAAGACCUUGUUUAUCAACUGCUAGUUAAUUGUUAUGUUAUUAACUUUUACAGAAACAUCUUGGGCAAUAAAAUACAAAAUGUCACCAGCAUGACUUUCGGUCAUGCCCGGGAACUUCGAUUUUUGUAAGUUCACUGCAAAUGACAGUUCUUUAUCACGGUACCUACAAUAAAGCCGCAUGUACUGCAAUCGGAUAAGAUGCAGGUGUGAAGUUAAUUUAGGGUAUUAUAGUUAAUUGGGUAUAAUUUUUAAUUUUGUUAAAGUCAAAGGAAAGGCUUGAAACUAAUUAUUUGGGAAGAUGAGAUAUGCAACUUAAUUUUCAUCUUCUAUUUUAAACUUGCAGGUUCAUGCACUACAACCUGAUGGCUGAGCUCCCCAAAGGCUUUUUUGGGCUUUUGCCACACAUUAUCAGAGUGUAAUACUCCAUUAUAAUAAUUUAACAUGAUGGCUUAAUAGGAGAUUUGGGGCGAAUGUUGUCUGAAUUACCUUUGAAAUAGAAAUUAUUGUCAAAUUGUGAUGUGGGUGAUGCAACCAUUUAAAUUAUUUUCUUUCCUUCAGUCUGUUAUGGUUCAGUUGAUCAAUAAAUUUUCAUUAAUGCCAACAUCUUCUAUCUAUUCCGAUACUGAAAUGAUAUGAAGCCACAUUUAGAUAUUAAUUACAAUUGCCUAAGGUGUGCUUCGCGAGACCCUCUAAUUGCUAUUAAUUUAUGAAAAAAUGCUUAUCAAUUAUCUUUGCCUCAGCAUGGAUCACUAUUUUCUUGCCGAUUGUUUUCGAUAAUCUUUAUUAUUUUGCUCUCAUUGUUCUAACGAUGAACCCUUUCUAAUUUUCCCUUCUUUUUCUAAUUCCAGAACUCUGGACACCAACCUGAUGUGCUGCCACCUUGAUCUUUUCAGGCAGGAUGCCGAUUGCGAAUUUGCCUUCAAUGAUAACUUUGCAAGCUGUCACUCCAUGUUCCGCAACCUUGCUCCAAGGAGAAGUCUUUGGGUUGUCGGCCUUCUCUCGUUGCUUGGGUCUGUGUUUGUAGUUGGGUGGCAAUAUUUCUUCCCUGAUAACAAUAUGGUCCAGUCUAUUAUGUUGGUAAAUCUUGGUAUUUCAGACGGCAUCAUGGGUAUUUACCUCAUCAUUAUAGGUAUAAAAGACCUGCAAUGGUCAGGGGAAUACUACCUGCACGACUAUGAGUGGCGCACCGGCUGGUUUUGCCAUUUCAAUGGCGCCAUGUCUGUACUUUCAAGCGAGGUGUCUGUUAUGAUGAUUUCUCUGAUUGCAUGGGACAGGCUCAAGAACAUUGUGUUUCCUUACACGUUUGCAAAAAUUACACCAAGGCAGACCCGUAUUAUGUGCGCAGUUAUCUGGCUGGUGGGAGGCAUUAUGGCAUUCCUUCCCUUGUCUGGAAUGCGAUACUUUGGUGACUGGUAUUAUGGCAAGAACGUGGUGUGCCUGCCACUGCAACUUUCCCCGCAGUUACAAGAAGGCUGGGAAUUCUCCACUUCCAUCUUUAUCAUUUUCAAUUUUUCUCUUUUCAUCUUCAUUAUGAUUGCUUAUCUUGCCAUCUUGUUGAAAUCAUGGUCGUCGAGCAGACGGCUGGGUGCGCAUGGAACUGUUCGUGAAAUACGAGCAAGAGCACAAAGCGCACAGGCUAAAAGGGAAAGAGCACUUGCCAAAAGAGUCUUCUUCAUUAUUCUGACCGAUUUCCUGUGUUGGAUACCAAUCAUUGCUAUCGGCAUCAAGUCGCACGUCGAGAAAACGUUUGAUCCACCUGGUGAUCUGGCAGUGUGGAUUGCAGUGUUCGCCUUGCCGAUCAAUUCAGCUAUCAACCCACUGCUGUACACGCUUUCUACUCCACAGGUAACAGUUUUCUCUUGCUUUGAAAUACGAUACACGGUCAUUUUCAGUCUUAACAGACACCCCUGCGAAAUGAUUUUUGAAACAAACACAGAUCGAUUAUCCCCACUGUUUUCCAGAAAUUUUGAUACUUUCACUCAAAGGCAACCUCUCUCUUUUUCAAAUUUAUUCUUAUUACGACUGACAAAUUAUAUUUUGAGACCCUCAAGUUACAGUCGAUAAAAGUUUGUUUUUGUAUAUUUUUCGCGAAGUACCCCAGAAGUGGAGAAGCACAGUUUUUCUGUUUACUUCUUCACUGUUGGUUAUAAGCAUGGAGACAAACCUAAAUUUAAAUGAAUUUAGUAAAUAUCUCUUUCAUUAACUGCCGCAUAAAUUGAUAAUGUAUAGGUGCAAGCUGUGUUGAAACCAAAACUGAGGAAACUGUGGUUCAAUGUUCGAUCUAUUUUCCGAAGUGGACAAAAUCAAGACGGUACGGUGCAUUUAUAUAUACCAUAAUAAGGCCUUGGAGGAGAUGAGGGUGAAAGUGGUAUGAAAUGGUAAAAACAAACAUUGCUUCCAAAAAAAAAAAAACAGAAAACGAAAACAAACAGACAAAAAGAAAAUUUUUUAAAUCUCAAAGGCAUAAUAAACAAAAUGUUAUAACAGGUUUUCGUAAAGAACAGAAGGUAUUGUAGAAGAGGCCGGCAAGAAAAGAAAUUAAUGCAAGAGAGUGACUAAAACUGUGGGAAGAAAUGGGGACUAAGAACUAAAUUUAUAAUGUCAAUAGGAGAAACGACCCGAUUAGAAAUCAUAAUUUAAUGUUCAUGAGCUAUUCCGAGUUAUAGCGGUUCAGAGAUAAAGUGCCGCAACUUCGGCGCAGGAAUGAACUGUCAUCGGUAUAAAGAGGAAAAACCGAGGUAGUAAAAAUCAGCGAAAAUUUUUCGAACUUCAAAGUGGGACAGUCAAUUUUAUUUUAUUUCAUUUUUAUUUUUUUUUUUGUGGGAGAGAUAUGGCGGCAAAGUAAAAAAAUAUAGAGCUGUUAGAUUUAUGCGCGAGGGAUGCAUUCUGUUUUUUUCCUGCUGAUUCGUAGCGGGGGGUUACUGUAUUAGGCAAAAUAAAACAAAAUGAUAUGAAACGAAAUGAAAAUUCUGUCAUUUGUGAAAAGAACUCAAAAUCUUUCAUUUGCGAACUGGAAAUCUGUAAUUUGCAAGACUAGAAGUGUGGAGAACUUCAAGGUCACCAGCCGGAAGAAUAAAUCUGUCGGUUCAUCAUAAGUUUGGAUUGCAUAUGCAACCUAUUGUGCAAUGUAAAGAUAGUGCGCAACAAGCGGUAGAAACGGCCGAAACUUUAGUUUCUUGGGUUUUAUCAAAACUUCCUAAAUGCUUCAUAUCCCACGAAUGCACAGCUGAAGUAUCAACCAAUUGUUUUAUAACAUUGUCAACGCAUUAUGUUGCAUGUUGUUUUCUCACAAUUUGGGAAAAUUUCGAGAAAUAGAGCGCGCAGUUAGUCUCAAAUAAGUCGUCUUUGAACAAUCACAAGCUCUAAUGAAACUAGAUAAGUUCAAAAACCUAUCCCCAAGCUAGAAAAAAAUUUGACAGUUUUUUGUUAUAAUGUACUCAGAAACCAAAAUUUUAAAAAUAAAAUUCGCAGUGCAUACUUGGCAAUCAGAUUUCAAAGUCACUUCUUAUAUACGUCGGGUUUACCCAAUGAACGUGAACUGAAAGGUAAGUCAAAAAAGACGUAAAAAUAUCAGAGAGAAACGCUUCAUUCAAAUAAAUACCAAGUACGUUAUGUAUUGCCGAAAAGAAUCAUAUUUCCUUGCGUAUGUUCGACCCGCGUUAAAGAUUCACAUUUCUGGGAUCGCUGUUUACUUGACUUCAUGGCCAGAAUAUUGCGAAGCGUUGUGUUCAAAAGUUAUCACAUCUAAAACAAAAUCUUCUUUUGCAGAAUACCUCAGGUAUGUUAACACUUAUAAAAAUAUAUCUAACGAGCAAAAGAAUGCCCCAAAAUAGCGAAGUCGACUGUUUUCAGCAAAUUCAGUUUCGUUUUCCAUCCAUGAUUCGGAUCGUGUUUGGGAAUCGUAGUAUUGCUCACCCGAGAGCUCUUGCCAUCGCUUUUAAGACUUAAAAGAUCAUCGCUUCCCAAACGAGUAUCCUUCCACAGAUUUACCUUUCAAUAAGAGCUUUUAAAGGUCUAUCUCAAUCGGGAUGGAAAGGAUAAAUUUCUUGAAAACCUCUCAGCCAAACUCGUCCGCAAGUUCGCAUUCAAUCGCUGAGGAAAAUUUUCAAUCUGGAGGCAUAUGUCUGCAGACGUCAUUAGCAUGUACAAUAGGAUUAUGAAGCACGCUUACGCUGUUGAAUUUGGGAACUUGAAUUUGUUAGCUAUGUUAUCAAUUCCUCUCUCCCACAAAUACUUUUUCACUCUCCAACAAUGAAUUCAAGAAACUUUCGCUAAUUAUUCUUCAUACCGAUGAGAUAGACUUCGCCUCUUUCUUGCGCCGUAAUUUAGGCACCAGAUCUCUGAACCAAGCAAUAUUGGGGCAAAUGGAUACCACUUGUAAAUUAAACCUUUUUUAAAUAGAAUGUGAGCGUAAAACUGUGAACCAUUUUCAAAAUAUAGAUGGAUAAGCUUCUAAAGAUGCAGAUCUGACUUGAAGAAUGACUUUUUAAACUGAUGUUUGGAUAAGCCUUAAUCUUUGUUUGUAAAAGUUUAAGACCAUUUUUUUUGCUUUUUGUUUUUUUGUUUUUUUUUGUUCUGUUACAUAGCGGAAGCAGGAAAUGAUCAGCAGGGACAGAUUAUGAAUGAAGAACACGCCAACAACGAAGAGGGUAAUAUAUGGUGAUUCCUUGUGUAAUUAAUAAUUAAAUGACUUCUCUCCAACUUGGUAGUGUUCAAUGUAUAAUAAUUUUCCUUUGUUUCUUCUUUUCCUUUUUACUCCCUUUUUUUCCACAUUUUUUUCCCAUAGGAGAGCAGAUUGAAAUGCAAGAAAUAGAGCACAACGAAAUCCCGGAAGUGGAAGCUCCUGAAUCGCCUUUUCUGCAACCAGGUCAG